UAUUCACAUCUAAAGCUCACAAAAGUUUGUAGUGCAACUUAAUAAUUAUUGCUUUAGGCAAUAAUAAUGGCGGUGAAGCCUAAACAUAUUUUGCUGCUGCAGCUUUUAGUCAGCUGUAAUUAUUUAUUAUGCAGUGGGGAACACGUGUCGUUGGACUUUGUGUUGAGUGUGAGCGACAUAAUUGAGAAUAUAUCCGAGAGCCCAGUGGAGAACAAUGUGGAGGAAAUAUUUGAUGUCUCAACCAAGCCGACUAUAGUCAAGCCAAGGCCCGCAGUUUCAGAAAACUCAGCGUGUGGAGCCGAUAAGGAAUGCGUGCAGAAAUAUCUCUGUAAGGAUCAGCCGGUUAAUGAGGAGGGCCAAAUCGAGAUAAGCUAUCGCAGCUUAGAUGAGCCAUGCACUUAUUUAGAAGUAUGCUGUGCCAAAAACAAAACGACGGAAACUAAAGAUACAGUUUACGUCAUACCAAAGAAUGAGUGUGGAAAACGCUCAGAGAAGGGCGUUACAUACAGAUUGAUGAAUGCUGUGAAUCGUGAAGCUCAAUAUGGAGAAAUUCCGUGGAUGAUCGCGCUGUUUGACGUCAGUUCGGGCAGCCAUGUGUAUAUAGGCGGCGGCUCUUUAGUAGCACCCGACAUGAUCCUAACUGCCGGUCAUAAAGUAUUGAACAAAGCGCCCAACCGACUCGUUGCCAGAGCUGGAGAAUGGGAUACGCAUACAAACAAAGAGCCGCAUCCACACUACGAUCGUCAUGUAAAGUCCAUCACCCUGCAUCCUCAGUUCGACAUUCGCUUUGGAGUCAACAACAUUGCACUGCUGCAGCUUACUUUGCCCUUCAGUGCCAGUCCUCAAAUCGCACCCAUCUGUCUGCCUAGUGCUGAUAACGGCGAGCAGCUCGACCUCGAUGCGUGCAUUGUUACAGGUUGGGGUGCGACCAGCUUCAACAGCACAGCCUAUCACAAUGUGCUAAAGAAGAUCACACUGGGCCUGGUGCCGAAUGCUCAGUGCGAGGCAACGUAUAGACGACUAGUUGGCUCUAAAUUCAGCCCGCAUGCAAGUAUUUUAUGCGCUGGCGGCAAGCAGGGCGAAGAUACCUGCACUGGCGAUGGCGGUUCACCUUUGGUGUGUCCCUUGAAGAGCAGUCCCGAUCGCUACUUCCAGGUGGGCAUUGUCAGUGCGGGCAUUGGCUGCUAUACAGUAUAUCCUGGACUUUAUACCAAUGUAAUGGCGCUAAUGCCUUGGCUAAGACAACAGCUCAAUGCGCGCUCUAUCAGCAGCGAGUACUAUACAUAUGUCUGAGCUAACCAGCAAAGUAAAGUAAACUAAGUGCUUAUGCUAAAAUUGAUUUGUUUU